UUCGUCGUCUCCAAGUGUUCGGCCUUUAUUUUACGAUUGACUUCUCACAGCUUGAUCUUCCUGUCUCUUUGGUCAUUUUCGUUUAAUUAGCUCUGCCAAUUGGUAUUGUAGGCACUAUCCUCAUCGAUUUUUCCUUUAUAUCGUUUGAGAUUCCCCAUGGCCAAAAGCUCGUUCAAGCUCGAACAUCCUCUAGAAAGGAGACAAGCAGAAGCUUCUCGCAUCAGGGAGAAAUAUCCGGACAGAAUUCCCGUGAUUGUGGAGAAAGCUGAAAGGAGUGACAUUCCUGACAUUGAUAAGAAGAAGUACCUUGUCCCAGCUGACCUUACGGUUGGUCAGUUUGUUUAUGUUGUCCGGAAAAGGAUUAAGCUUAGUUCCGAGAAGGCUAUUUUCAUCUUUAUCCAAAACACACUACCUCCAACUGCUGCUUUGAUGUCAUCAAUCUAUGAAGAUAACAAGGAUGAAGAUGGUUUUCUUUACAUGACUUACAGUGGAGAGAACACCUUUGGAUUCUGAUGACUUCAUAUCGUACUUCGUCUGUAAAUGAAACUUAAAAAGCUGUAAAUUCUCCUUACUUGCUUCCCCGUGUCAGCUAUCUCAGCUUCUUGUCUAUUUCCGAUUACCUUAGGCCUAUCUUUCUACUGGCACUAGUAAUGUUAGUACAUGUUGCUCAUUAAGAACUUCAUCAAGUGUUGGGCUCUGGAUUUCAUGGUGUUCUUCCCCGCCCAAACUGUGAAAAGAAAUGUGGGUGUUUGUUUGGUGAGAAUCCAUGAUUUCCACUUCCCAAUUCUAAUGUCUAUUUCAUGUAAGCAUCAGAUGUUUCUGGCUAUUAAUUUCCACGUUUGCCUCAUUUUAAUAUUCA